CCAAUUUCAUAUUGAUCUGGGGCGUCGUAUUCAAAAACGAAAGUAACCCAAAGUGGUUUUGGUCAGAUUCUGGACGUUUAUGGUGGCAGUAUUUUUCGACAUUAAGAGUUAUGGAUGGUCUGCUGAAGAAUAAGGAUAGGAGACAGUUGUCAGAAUGGAUCGGCAGGGCUUGUAAUCUCGUUCUUCUGUACAAGGUCAGCAGAGAUGGGGGUUCGGCCGAGAAGUUCCAUAAGUUGUGUGACAAUAAGGGACCUACAGUGAGUGUAUUCUAUAACAAGGAUAACAAUGUCUAUGGCGGAUAUUUAUCAGAAACUUGGGGUGCUUCGAAUGGCUGGUGUACCGACCAAAAUGCGUUUCUUUUUAAAUUAUACAGUGUUGGAGACUGGAAGCCCCAAAAAUUUCUCUCCACAGGUAAAAGCGCAAAUCAUUUUAAGAGCACUAAUCAUGGACCAUGGUUUUACAAUUUGGGUUCUUUUUCUACAACCGUUAGCAAAUAUAAUGGAUACUACACGAUGUCCACUACUGACUAUUUUAGUGGUUCACACUUUCACAUGGACGGAGAAACAGCUCAGUCAAUUGCAAACGGACAUAAUAAUCUCACUGACAUGGAAGUCUACAUCGUAAAAGAUGGUCCUUUAGCUGUUGAAUCUGCCACUCUGUGGAGAGAACAACCACAGUGGAAUUUGCAG